AUGCAUAAGAAUAACACGACAUUUUUAUCCCGUGUUUUUGGCAUCAAUUCGAGAAACAUAGACGUCCACAACCCGUUGUUUGCUGAUGAUAGUGUCAUUCCCUUAUAUGAUCAAAACCAGUCGGCUUACUACGACAAUGCCUACAGUGAUUACUCUAGCGAUGAAGAGGACUCCAAACCACGCACAAGCCGGCAGACUGACUCCAACCUUCAUAUGACUGACCAUUCCGGAGAUGGGAACGAUCCAUUCAACCAAAUGGACAACUCAUCUCGGUUCAGUAACUCCAGCUCUUUCCAUUACAACAACACAGAUCAAGAAGACGACAAUCCUGAGUUGCUGCUGCUACAGGAUGAAGACAGCUCUUUAAAUAGGAAGAAUCUGGACAACUCUGAUUUUCAAUCGUUUGCUAAGAAAACGUUUAAUCAGAUCCCUAAAAUCAAGUUCCAGCUACCCAAAAAAGAAGAUUAUCCCACUUCACAUCGACAGCCACCGGAUAUCGAAAACCAGAAUGGGACUUUGAAGUCUUCUGUCAAAAAACAAAUUCAUUUCUUGGAUCCAAUGGAUAAGGCCCUCUGGAUGUGGUCAAAUGUCUCCAAUCUGGACACAUUUCUACAUCAGGUUUACGACUAUUAUACGGGAAAUGGAUUCAAUUGCAUCAUGAUGAAUAAGUUCACCGAAUUGUUCACUGUAGUAUUUAUUGUAUGGUUAUUUUCAUUCAUGGGUAACUGCAUAGAUUACGAUAAGUUGAUGAAUGAUAGGAAUGUGUACCAAUUCUCCCAAGUAAAGAUUGACAAAUGCUACUCAAAGAUCGGGUUCUUCCCUCAAAAAUUGAUCUAUUGGCUUUUCUUCAUUGGCCUCUGCCUUAAACUUUAUCAAAUCUUUUUAGACUACUUGGUGCUCAAAGAUAUGAAGUUGUUUUUUAACUUGCUUCUUGGAUUAUCCGAUGAUGAGUUGCAAACUAUAAGUUGGGGCCUAGUGGUCAAGAGAAUAAUGAUCCUGCGAGACAAGAAUAUUAAUGCAAUAGUAUCACAGAAUACAGACCUAACUUCAAGAAAAAGAAUGAAUGCCCAUGAUAUUGCCAACAGAAUUCUAAGAAAGGAAAACUAUAUGAUUGCAAUGUACAAUAAAUCAAUUUUGGACUUGGACAUAGAGCUACCUUUGAUUGGGAAAGUACAGCUAUUAACCAACACGUUGCAGUGGAAUUUGAAUAUUGCUAUCUUUGACUACUUCUUUGACUCCGAAACGGGUCAAAUAAACUUACCCGCUUUGAAGGAAAGAAACCGUCACACAAUUUCAACAGAGCUCAAGAAAAGAUUAAUUUUUUGUGGAAUCAUUAAUAUUGUUCUGGCACCAAUAUUAUCCAUCUACUUUAUCAUGUAUUAUUUCCUCAAAUUUUUUUACGAUUUUAAAACGAAUCCUGCGGAUAUCUCUUCUAGAGAGUACUCUCCUUACGCUAGGUGGAAGCUGAGAGAAUUUAAUGAACUACCUCACAUUUUCAACAGAAGGCUGAACAUUUCCACUGAAAGUUCCAACAAGUAUAUCAAUCAAUUUCCCAAAGAAACUACAACGGCUCUACUGAAGUUCAUCAUGUUCAUUUCUGGGUCUAUUGUGGGAGUUUUAGUAAUUGUGACCAUUUUAGAUCCAGAAUUUUUCUUAAACUUUGAACUAACUCCCGGCAGAACUGUUCUUUUCUAUGUGUCAACGCUGGGGGCUAUUUUCACUAUUUGCAAGAACUCGAUUCCUGAUGAUACAUUAGUUUUUGAUCCAGAAGUGAGUUUAAGGUAUCUUUCUCAAUUUACCCAUUAUCUUCCUCAAGAAUGGGAAGGGAAAUACCACACAGAGGAAGUCAAAAAUGACUUUUGUAAACUGUACACCCUUAAGUUAUAUUUGGUCGGAAAAGAGAUCCUCAGUUGGCUCUUCUUGCCUUAUAUCCUGUGUUACAAACUGCCGGAGUGUGCAGAUACCAUAUCAGACUUCUUCAGAGAAUUCAGUGUUCAUGUUGAUGGAUUAGGAUAUGUAUGCACAUUUGCAAUGUUUCAAUUCAACAACCAACAUAACGAGAAUGGAAAUGCGAAUGUACAUCAAAAUGGGAAUGGUAAUGGAGGCGUUCCAUCGGCAAAGUCUAAGAGCAAAAAAGUACCGAAUCCUAAUCGGUUCACCACUAAGCCUUCCAUGCGGGAUAUGGAGAAUGACGAUAAGAUGAUAAAGUCUUACAUGUACUUCUUGGAGAGUUAUGGUAAUGAUGAGAUUGUUCAACAUCAGCAAGCGCUGAACAGGUCACUGAUCUACUCAACCGAGAUAUCUCCAACUAGCGGGGAUGAUUUAAACGAUUCUAAUAUUCUGGGAUUACGCCAGAGAAACGUGGCAACCACUGGAAAGCGGCAAAAUAGUAUUGGCAACGGGUUGAUAUACAACGGACAAAAUAAGCGGUUAUCCAUCGGUGAAGCUAAAACUAAUGUCUAUUCCAAUCCUAUUGCCUCAACUGUACUUGAUAAAGAUCUUCAAUACAAACUGGCUAACUCAUACAUCUUGAAUGGUAUGCCAGGAUUAAAUGAGGCCAAUCAACCAGCAGAUCGAAAAAAUGAACGAAAGUAUUCCAAUGAUUCACCAGGAGUUAUGAAAUUGGUAGAUAAAAUUAGUCAACAGCAUAAGGCAUAA